GCGGGUCACAGGGAGGGGCGUCGCGGUGCCCCGCCCCCGGGGUGCAAAACUGGGAGCGCUGCCCUUGUGUCGCAGGGUCUGCGUGCGCCUGGCGCCCGCCCUGCGGGACCCGCACAUGCAAAACUUACUAGAGAAACUAAAGGUUGACUGGCCCACUGCCCCGGAGACUGCCUCCUCCAUCCCCACCUUGAGGAGUCGCCUGCUUGCCCAGCUCAAUCCCGCUCAGGACGGGGAGCCCCUGCCCCCUGGCGCCUUGGGACGACUGUCCCUAAAGGAUGUGGCGAACGAUCCAGGCCACAGAGCCGGCUAUGAUCCUCACGUGGACAACUGUCUGGUCACUGAGGAUCUGCUAGCCGUGCUGUCUGAGCUGCAGGAGGCUGUGCGCCAUUGGCCAGAGGGCCGCUCCCCAGAUGCGAAGGCUGGGGCUCCCGUGUCUGGGGCUGCGGAUGGCUGCCUGGCCGUCCACGUGGUGAGCUGUGAGGAGGAGUUCCAGCAACAAAAGUUGGACCUACUCUGGUGGAAGUUGGAUGAGCAGGCGCCCGUCACCCAGAAACACCUGGUCUGUGGCCCAGUGAAAGUAGCAGGUGCAGCUGACAAUCAGAUGACUGCCUCUGAGUACUAUAAGCUCCGGCAUGCCCAGGUGUGCAAGGCCUCAGCACUGAAGCACGGUGGGGAUGUGACCAAAGACCCAAACUGGACAGAGAUCUUCGGGGUUCUGUGUGCCGCCACAAUCAAGUUUGAGAUGCUAAGCACAGGCCCUCAGAGUCAGCUCCUCCUGGCGGACAGCAGCACCUCCACAAAGAGCACGAAGAGCGGCAUCUUCGUCAUGUACAACUGUGCCCGACUUGCCACACUUUUUGAGGGGUAUGAGCGCAGUGUAGAGCAAGGCCUGUACCCCCCUUUCCCACCAGUGAGCAGCCUGGACUUCUCAUUGCUACACGACGAGGGUGAGUGGCUGCUGCUCUUCAAUGGUGUCCUGCCCUUUGCCGACCUGCUGAGCCAGGCUGCAGCCCUGACCUGCGCAGCGCCGGGGCUGCACGUCACUGCGCGCACAGAGCUGGUGUGCAAGUUCCUGGUCCAGCUGAGCAUGGACUUCAGUUCCUACUACAACAGGGUACACGUCCUAGGGGAGCCUCGGCCACACCUCUUUGGUCAGAUGUUUGCUCGCCUCCAGCUGCUGCGGGCGGUGCGGGAGGUGCUGCACGCAGGCCUGGCUAUGCUGGGCCUCCCUCCGCUCACCCACAUCUGAGGCCGCAGGAGCACCCCAACAGCUGGGGAUAUUUACAGUUCCACAGGGGAAACCAAAACUAAAAGUCACAGAUGUUAAGGAGCUUGGGCCAAAAUAAACUGUUUCCGUUCCA